AUGGCUCCCACAGGUGAUGGAGCGAAAGGCUCCAAGAAGAGAAAGAAUCCCAAGGACAGCGGUGUUCCCUCCUCCAAGCGGCGAGCAGUCGCCGAAAACCAGUCCGAAGAUGCCAUGGCCAAGAUCCAAGAGCUCGAGGAGCAGAUCUCGGAGUCGCGAAAAUACUACAACAAUAUCGCUAUCCUGCUGUCGAUGCUACCUGCUGGCCAGGCGGGGGGGAAGCCCAAUCUGGCGGUGGCCGUUGCGCUCUGUCGAGUCUUCUGCAGGUUGAUCGCGGGCGGCAACCUCUCAGAGCCUCGUGGAGCGGCGGAGAACGAAAAAGUUAUCGUGGCUUGGUUAAAGGAGCGCUGUCAGGAGUACCAGAAGGCGUUGCUGGAUAUCGUGCGCAACGCAGAUGCUUCCUCUCAGAUCACGGCGUUGACUUUGUCCAUGCGUCUGGUGAACGAGCGAGCGACGAAUAUGCCCGAAGGAGACAUUUAUGUGUGGACCUUUGGCCUGUUCAAGGCUGUUUUUGAGGCCGUCGUUGAGGCACAAGAUGGGGAGGCACUGCGGGCUGAAUUCCUCACAAACUUCGUCAAGGCCUACGACGACGUGCGAUAUUUUACCUUCCACCAUGUCUCUGAGUACGCAGCGACGCCAAGAACCUCAGAAACCCUCCAAGUCCUCAUCUCGAUGCUGUCCGAGUGCGAUACGGCACCCACCCCCGAGCAUGAAUUCGAAAGCUUCUACAAUAAAAACGCACAGAAGAACAAGAAGCUUGUCUCGGUGAAUGCGCACAAGAAAAGAGCUCAAGAAGCAUGGCUUGCGAUCCUGCGGAACAACCUCUCCCAGUCCCAGCGGAAAGCCCUGCUACGCAUCAUGUCGCACACUAUUGAGCCCUGGUUCAGUCGACCCGAGCUUUUGAUGGACUUCCUCACGGACUCGUAUGACGUUGGGGGUGCGACAUCUCUCCUGGCCCUUUCGGGUCUCUUCUACCUCAUCCAAGAGAAGAACCUGGACUACCCGCAGUUCUACACGAAGCUGUAUUCCCUUCUCGACGCCGACCUUCUGCACUCGAAGCACCGCUCCCGGUUCUUCCGCCUGAUGAACACCUUCCUGGCAUCAACCCAUCUCCCCGCCAUGCUGGUCGCCAGCUUCAUCAAGCGCCUUUCCCGCCUCGCGCUGAACGCCCCGCCCGCCGCCAUCGUCGCAAUCGUCCCCUGGGUCUACAACCUCUUCAAGGAGCACCCAACCUGCACCUUCAUGCUGCACCGUGUCGUCCGCGAUGAUCCCGCUACCGGGUUCCCCGAUCCGUUUGACCCCUUCGAGCCAGAUCCUACGCGCACGAGCGCCAUCGACAGCUCGCUCUGGGAGCUCGAAACCCUGCAGUCUCAUUAUCAUCCAAACGUCGCCUCCAUCGCCCGCAUUAUCUCCGAGCAGUUUACCAAACAGUCGUACAACCUCGAGGAUUUCCUCGAUUACACGUACCAGGGCAUGCUGCACGCAGAGCUCGGGACGGGCGAGAAACCUCUCAAGAAGCUGCCUGUCGUCGAGUACCAGAUCCCGAAACGCAUCUUCACCGACCGCGGCCUGGAAGAGGAUGGUGGCGUGGAUGCUGGUCCGGGCAGUCUGGUCCGGGCCCUGUGGGAUUUUGCCUAG